CGUCUUAGUCUGGCUCCAGAUGGAGGAGGUGGAGGGAAUUCCCCUGGACAGGAAGGUCGGGGUGGAGGACGGGUCCGGGGAAAGGAGGAGGAUGAAAAUGGAGGACGGGUCGUGGGAGCGGAGGCGCCUUGGAGUGGAGGACGGGGGCUGGAAAAGGAGGACGCUUGGAAUGGAGGAAAGGGGAUGGCUGGAAAAGGAGGAAGUUCGGAAUGGAAGAUGCGUCCUGGAAAAGGAUGCAGGACGGGUGCCGGAAAAGGAGGACCCUUGGCCUGGGAACGGAGGGCGGCAGCCCUCUCUAGCUCCGGGGCAGGAGGAAGAGAGCGGGGCCCGUCGGCGGCAGCCCUCCCUCGCUCUGGGGCCCGAGGGCUCUUCCUGGGCGGGGGCUGUCCGGCUCCGGAGGCGAGGCUGGCCGGGGUGGGCGUGGUCUGGAGGGCGUGGCCGUGGGCGUGUCUGCCUGUAGGCCCCUCCCCUGCCUGCCUGCCUUCCCGGGAAAAAGGCCCCUCCGCGCGGGCGCCCGCCUCCCUUUGGCCGGGGAGCGCUUGGCGGGCGGAGCGGGGACGGAGGGUCCCUGGCCGAGCCCCGGGAUGCUGCAGCCAGGCUCCGGGAAGGCGGCUGGGGGGCCCUGAGCCCCCGACUCCCCGAGGGACCCCCCCACGGGCCCCUGCCUCCCCCGGCCUUAGGACUGGGGGCUCUUCCGUGCUGCAGCCCCCUCCUCCCGCUCCUGGCACCAUGCUGCUCCGCUUGGGAGCCGCCCUGGACGGCUUGGCUCCCACAUUCCUGCUCCUGUUGGCUUUGCCCCUGGGAGCACCCACAUGUCCAAUGCUUUGCACCUGCUAUUUUUCUCCACCCACAGUCAGCUGCCAGGCCAAUAACUUCUCCUCUGUGCCACGGGUGCUGCCACCCAAUGCCCAGCGCCUCUUCCUGCAAAACAAUCUAAUUGGGAUCCUACGGCCUGGAAUGUUUGGGCCCAGCCUUAUCACCCUGUGGCUCUACUCCAACAACAUCUCCUCUAUCCAGCCCGGCACCUUCCGCCACCUCCAGGCUCUUGAGGAGUUGGACUUGGGGGACAACCGCAAUUUGCGCACUCUUGACCCGGAUACUUUCCGUGGACUGGAACGGCUGCAGUCUCUGCACCUUUACCGCUGUCAGCUGAGCAGCCUUCCAACCACUAUCUUCCGCAAUCUCUUCAGCCUCCAAUACCUCUAUCUUCAAGAAAACAACUUGCUUUGUCUGCAGGACGACCUUUUUGUGGACUUGGCUAACCUGAGCCAUCUUUUCUUGCAUGGCAACAAGAUUUGGCAGCUCUCAGAGAAUGUCUUUCGGGGCCUGUCUGGAUUAGACCGCCUGUUGCUGCACAGGAACCGCCUGCACGCCAUUCCAACUUGGGCCUUCCGUGACCUGGGCAAGCUCACCAUUCUGUACUUGUUCAACAACAGCCUGACAACUCUCUCGGGGGAAACCCUCUCAGACUUGCCCUCCCUGGAGUUCUUACGCCUCAACAAUAAUCCAUGGGCUUGUGACUGUCGUGCCCGCUCCCUCUGGGCCUGGUUUAGACGCACACGAGUCUCCACCUCAGAUGUCAUAUGCUCAUCCCCUGCUGAACGCAAGGGGCGUGACUUGCGUCAUCUCAGUGAGGCUGUCUUUCAGGGCUGCCCUCUGGUCAGUCACCACCCGGUGGGGUUUGACUGGGGUUGUAGGCCAGAGUGGGAGAAUGGAGUGGCUCACCCUCCUCCCCAACCUCACCCGCACCCACACCCGCACCCACACCCUAACACCUCAUCCAAUCACCUUUAUGGCCUCGGGGGUUCACCCCCUGCUGAUCCCUCCUCCUUCUACAGGGACGUGCCGGCCAAUGACAUCCGCAGUCCUAAGUAUGACCCCCCCACAGAAGAUGACUACUGGGGGGGCUUUGGCAAUGAGGAAGGAGGCCAGUUGAAGAAAGGAUGCCCAGGAACUGGCUGUUCUUCUCUGGACUCUGGAGCAGUCAGGGUUGACUUCCUGUCACUUGUCCUUCCCUGCCUACUUAUGCUGUGGGGACUUCCUUGGUUUUGACAGUGGCAGGUGGCUGGUCUGCUAGCUGGCUUUGGGAACUGUGGGAGAUCCAAGCAAGGAUGGAUUCUCCCCACCAAGCACUGAGCUGAGGCCAAAGCAAUUUACCUUCACUCUACUGUAGAGUGAAGGGAGACUACAUCCAUUGUUGCUGCUUUCCUGGCCAACUAUGUAUGAGACUUCACUGAACCACUUCUGGGUGGUAUCUGCUC